AUGCGGACUAACGAUCGCUGUGAUAGAAUGCAAAGGCGCGCAAGAGAACCAGCGAAGAACUAUCUAACGAAUUCCUCCGACCAGCUGCCUAAACUUGCACAAUCUAUAUUGCCUAGCAGCCUCUUGCGUUCUCUCCCUCCCGGCUCAAACCCGCUCCCCAGUCGGAGACGCCGCCUCACAAAGCGGCCCCGCAAGCAGCCAGGGCGCGCGGGAAUGAGUUUUCGGACAGGAAAGGGAACCCGCGAGGGGCAGGGAGGGGGCUGCGGUUUGCGCUGUGCUGCGCAGCGCUGCGCGCGCAUCCAGCCUCCGCCCCCGCCGAGCCCCUCCAAGGAGAAAGGAACACAAUUCACAACGAUUACCGUAUUGGCGAUAAAUCACACAGUUAUCGACAAUCAGGUAGUGCAGAACAACAGAAGUCCAAGUGCGCUUCCAGCCAUGCCGAGCUCCCAGGCUGUGGCGGCGCUACUGCUGCUGCUAGCAACGACGGCGCAGAUGCCGAUGUUUGGAGCUGAUUUGAUUACGGGUGAGCACAUAUACCAGCAGCAAGUAACUGCAUGGCAACUAGAAGCUGCGGGACCCAAGACCAAAUGGUCUGUUUGUCCACGUUACGUAAACCUGGGCGAUGCGUGCUACUACGAUGAGGAGUGCGACACCAUCACCACCUUCUGCCGCGACCGACGCGUGUGCGCCUGCAAAGAGCGCUUCCGGGAGGCGGAGUCGCGCUGCGUCGCCACGGUGGGGGCGCGCUGCAGCAGCGACUACGACUGCGGGUCGCUCGAGAACUCCAUGUGCAGCGAGGACAAGGAGUGCACCUGCAGGGAGGGCUACGUGCGCCACUCCUCCUACAACCACUGCCUCCCAGUGGUGUACGUGUACCAAGGGCGGUGCGAGGAGGACACGCAGUGCCAGGAGUCGUUCGGGGACUUCGCCUUCUGCGACGACUUCGCGUGCCGGUGCAUGGACGGCAGGCACCACGCCGACGGCAAAUGCUGGAACAGCAAAGGGCUAGGCGAAGCGUGCCACAACACCACCGAGUGCUCGUACGCCCAGGAUGAGCGCCACAAGGUGCACUGCGUCGAGGGCGAGUGCCAGUGCAGGGAGGCCUGGCAGGAGAACGACGGCGUCUGCGAAGGGCACACACUUCUAGUUUGCAGCGAGGCCCAUAUCCCACUCGACAGUCUUGGGCAUGAUGCAAACAAUGAUGAGACUUCAAUUCAUGAUGGAUUUAAAACUUUAACUACUGAUGUUUUGGAAGAAGAUCAAAAUACAAUUACUGAAUUGGAACAAAAAAACACAUUUAUCAUGGUUUCACCGAAAGAAGGUACCAUGUUUGUGAAUGAUUGCAAACCAUGCUACAGACUAGAAAAAGCUGGAAUAAAUGCAGGUAGCUGUGUUCGACAAAGAAACAACGGUGCCUCGUUGGUAUUUGAGUGUGUCGCGAGAUUACAGCGCAAGCGGCGGCGGUGCAGGUGCGCGGCCGGUGCACUGUGGCUUCCACCGGAGGCCGCGCAUCCUCCUGUCGCUUUGCGCGACGGACCGCAACUUCCGGUGCGCAGCCAGGCGCGCACAUCCGGAAUGUACUGA